GCAGAAACCGGGAAGCUCAGCACGCGGCCAAUCUAUAAAUAGCUGCCACCCCUCUUGCCUUUCCCUCCACACCCCCAACAACACCACCGGCCAUUUCCCUCCUCUUCCUCUUCGUCUCCUUCUUCUUCCCCCUUCUACUCCUCCUCUGCUGAUUGACAAGCGCAAGUGAAGCGAGCAAGCCCAAGCAAAGCUCCAAUGGGUGCUUUUCUCCUGUUCGUAUGCAUGCUCAUGCCUUUCUUGCUUGCCUGCGCCGUCCGCGGCCGGCGGCGGCAGGCGGGUUCGUCGGAGGCGUGCGGCGGCCGCGGUCUGCCGCUGCCGCCCGGGUCGAUGGGGUGGCCGUACGUCGGCGAGACGUUCCAGCUCUACUCGUCCAAGAACCCCAACGUGUUCUUCAACAUGAAGCGGAACAGGUACGGUCCCAUCUUCAAGACGCACAUCCUGGGCUGCCCCUGCGUGAUGGUGUCCAGCCCGGAGGCGGCGCGGUUCGUCCUGGUGACGCAGGCGCACCUCUUCAAGCCCACCUUCCCGGCGAGCAAGGAGCGGAUGCUGGGGCCCCAGGCCAUCUUCUUCCAGCAAGGUGACUACCAUGCCCACCUCCGCCGCCUCGUCUCCCGCGCCUUCUCCCCGGAGGCCAUCCGCGCCUCCGUCCCCGCCGUCGAGGCCAUCGCGCUUCGCUCCCUCCACUCCUGGGACGGCCAAUUCGUCAACACCUUCCAAGAGAUGAAGACCUACGCGCUGAAUGUGGCAUUGCUGUCCAUCUUCGGCGAGGAAGAGAUGCAAUACAUCGAGGAGCUGAAGCAGUGCUACCUGACGCUGGAGAAGGGGUACAACUCGAUGCCGGUGAACCUGCCGGGCACUCUGUUCCACAAGGCCAUGAAGGCCCGGAAGCGGCUGGGCGCCAUUGUGGCCCACAUCAUCUCGGCCCGGCGCGAGCGGCAACGCGGGAGCGACCUGCUGGGGUCAUUCGUGGAUGGCCGCGAGGCCCUCACCGACGCCCAGAUCGCCGACAACGUCAUCGGUGUCAUCUUCGCCGCCCGCGACACCACCGCCAGCGUCCUCACUUGGAUGGUCAAGUUUCUCGGUGACCACCCCGCCGUCCUCAAGGCCGUCACCGAGGAGCAGCUGCAGAUCGCGAAGGAGAAAGAGGCGACGGGCGAGCCGCUGUCAUGGGCGGACACGCGGCGGAUGUGGAUGACGAGCCGCGUCAUUCAGGAGACGAUGCGGGUCGCGUCCAUCCUCUCCUUUACCUUCCGGGAGGCCGUGGAGGACGUGGAGUACCAAGGGUACCUGAUCCCCAAGGGCUGGAAAGUGCUUCCUCUGUUUCGCAACAUCCACCACAACCCUGACCACUUCCCCUGCCCUGAAAAGUUCGACCCGUCCCGCUUCGAGGUGGCGCCCAAGCCCAACACGUUCAUGCCGUUCGGGAACGGGGCCCAUUCGUGCCCGGGCAACGAGCUCGCCAAGCUGGAGAUGCUCGUGCUCUUCCACCACCUCGCCACCAAGUACAGGUGGUCCACGUCCAAGUCCGAGAGCGGCGUUCAGUUCGGCCCCUUCGCGCUGCCGCUCAAUGGCCUCCCCAUGAGCUUCACCCGCAAGCACGAGCAGGAGUGAAAAACCGUACCCCAAAAAAGGGGGAAAAAAAAGAGGAUGGCAUCGGCUAGCUGUGGGGAAGCUGGCAACCAACCAUCAACGGCGUGCAACGGCACCACUCAGCUCAGCGAGCGCGGGACGAGUCCAUUUUCGCGGCGGUCACCGUCCCGGGGGACACCUGUUGGCGCCGCGGUGGGAGCGGGAGACCGAACGGUCGAUUCCGUAUUUGCACGGACCAUCAGAGUCCUUGUACAGAUUCUUCAGCUAGGACCACGGUUGGCGAUCGAGAGGAGAAGGAAGUAGUAGCAGGAGCAAGAGUUGAAGGAAAAAAAAAAACGAAACAGCACGUAGACAUCUGAGCUAGGGAGCGCCACAAAGAAGUGGCCCUUAAUUGUAAAACCAACCAUUUUUUAUCCUUUUUGCUUAGUUUUUGUUUUUCAGUUUUACAAACAACUAUAGGAGAAGAGUAGAGAAGAGAGGUGGAGAAGAGACAGGGAGGUUGAGAGGGCCUGAUUGGGAUGUAAGCUAGGUUGCCCGCCUGAAAGCAGGCUGGCAUGCAGCUAGGUCGAAUAAUCGAGGCGAGCGAUGGACGGAUCGAUUCAUCGAUCGCAAUGGUCAAAAUGGAAGAACGUCGUGAUCCUGCGGCCUAAGCCAGGCCACGGGAGAGCGACUCCUCUGUACCGUUUCGUCCAACUCAAGAGAAAAUGACCUUCCUGAGAAAA